AUGAUAAAUUACAUACAAUCUUCCUUUAAAGAUAACCAAGAUAUGUUAAAGUUAUAUGAAUAUGUCGAAGAUAACGUUUACGAGCAUCAAAAUUCUUCAACAGACUAUAUAAGUACCUCGGAUCUCCCAUUUCCAAUGGAUAUCAUUGAUGUUGAAAAAUGGAACAAAUUAUACAAUUACCGUGAUGAUAAAUAUGUCGCAUUAUUUAAAUUUUGUAUUGAUAAAGGCUAUCCACCAUAUAUUUAUGGUCUUUUAACAUCAACAAGUCAAUCUUAUUUUUCUCGUCCGGUAAAAAUAGAAAAUGGAUUAAUUAACUAUGGGGUAGAUAACCCACAUCAAAUAUGGACUGAGCGAAUCAUUUUUAAAGAGGAUGCUGAUCGGAUAAAUUCUUAUCAUGUAGAUUAUGUUAAUAGUUUCAUUGAUAGAUUAAGCAAAUGGAAUAAAAUUGCAAUUAAGAGAGAGUUUAAGGAGCAAAUGUACAUUGAUCACUUCAUUGAACGGGACCUUGCUCUGAAUCGUUUAAGAAGUUUGUUAAAAUCUUUAGUCAAAGAUUCACUUGAGUUGUAUCGUCGUCAAAUUGAUGAAAAAGAAAGCACUGAACGUUUGAUUCAAUACAAUCAUUUGCUACAAAAAUAUUGCCUUCAGUUAAUUGAACAUUGUCAACAAUACUUGGAGCCAAAGAUCAAAAGUCAAAAAGUACCAAUAUCUUUUUAA